AUGGACAACUACGCUUCCACUACUGUCAGUGUUUUGCCAAGACUUCAUCCAACCCGAAAAGCAUGGAUAAACUUUGAGUGGGCUUUUUCUAAUGUCCCAGCAUUAAAAAAGGACGAUCCAUACCUGUUUGUAUGUACUUUUGCCAAUCCAUACGCAGGUUGUAUAUUCAAGCUUUUUCACAAUCCUACACUCGAGUCUUCUUUCCUUGAGAUUUCGAAUUACGAUAGACUCGUCCAAAGGAAUGUUUCUAUCUCUGCGAUACAACCAGUCGAGCUAAGCCAUGUCGAGUUGUGUGUAUCACUCGAUAUAUCGACGAACGUGGAUGCACUCCUUAGGUUGUAUCGCGAGGAAAGAAUUCCUUUGAAAAAUGGAGAAUUUCUUUCGGAUGAUGUUCAGGUCGUUCAGUGUAUUCCUGUAACGCAAGGUUACAUUACAUUCCAUACCCAAAUAAAAAAGUGUGUUGUACCUGAAGUAAAACCUUUGCUUUCCUUUGAAGACCUGUCAUUGCUUUUUACCAAAAAACUGUCUCCUACACUUAUUUCCAAUGAACUUUUAAUUGAAAAUAUGGACAUAUCUACGGAAUCCGAUUGUUCCCUAGCAAAUUGCUAUAAUGCUUUUCUGCAUCCUGUGACGCUGUCUUCGCAAAGAAAGAGAAAGGAUUCUUGGAUAAAGCUUAGUACAUGCCUUGGUAAGUUUAUUUAUGCCAAAGCUAUUCCUACGUGCGAUGUUGCUGAAAACGCCAUCCGGGUAUCUCCAACCCUUUCUUCGUUAUUUAGAGAGAACGAGACACAUUGUAUCCUAAAUGUGGAUCCCCCAGUAGUUGUUUCGGCGAAAAAGAUCAGAUUAAAAUGUAUUUAUCUUCCUUUCCAGUUCGACGCUACUUUACAGCAAAAAGUUUGGGAUUUCGCGCGGGAAGCAUUGUUCCAUGGAAGUGAAUUAUGCCGCAAUACUAUGUUCACCUUCUACAUAGAUAAAAAGUCACAUUUUUUUUAUGAUUCUCCUGCUGUUUUAGAGGAGCAUUCACAGUUCGUUUGGUUCGUAUUGGAUGAGGUUGACGCUCCAGCGGGAGAAAUCUACUAUGUUGAUCAUUCUACUGUGAUUGAAUUUGAUAUGAAUAGGACCUCAAACUUUCUCCCAUUUUUAAAUAAAAGAUUCCUUCCGUUCAUUGCAACGAAUCAGGUAUCUCGAAAGCUGCACAAUAUGCUAAAAGCCCUUUAUUUGCAUCCCCAACCGCCAGUGCGUUACCCAUUUUAUAUGAUUUCAGGAUGGGGAAUUUUGGAAUUGAAUGAAGUUGUCUCGUGUAUUUCUUCCAACUUGGGUGUUCCGUUGUUUUCGGUUUCAUGUUAUGACCUUGUUGAUUUGGACAGAAAAAAAGUUGGUUCGAAAGUAACUGAAUUUUUGAAGCCUUUGACUCGUCAUCCAUACGGACUUAUCCUUAUUAGAGAUCUAAACAUCUUAAAUUUACCAACUGACGGCUCCAUUAAUAAUGCCAAUCCAAAAUUGAUUACGAUAUUUAAAGAGACGUUGGAUAUGUUUCAUAAUAACCGGUUCGCUCUUGUGGGAGUUGCCGCAAAUACUGAAACCAUUCCUGAGGAAGUUAUGGCUGAAUCUUUUUACGAAUUUACGCUUUCGAAUUUUAAUGAUGAGGAAAGACUGGAACUUUUAAGAGUCCUAUCUAAGAACUUUCACGUUGAGAAUAAAGUUAAUUUGGUUGACAUAUCAAAAGCAACGAGUGCGUUUUCUUUACAUGAAUUAAGUGCUUUGUUUGAAACUUCAUUACUUAGGACCAUAAGGCGUCUCAGACAAAACUAUACUGAUUUCUCGAUACAUUGUUCUGGUCCUGUUAUAACCCAGGAUGACAUUUACAAAGAAAUUGAUAUCUACAGAAAAGAAUGCGUAAAUGGCGAUUUCAAAAUCCCAAAAGUAAAAUGGGAAGACGUUGGAGGUCUAGAGGAAGCAAAAAAUAUUUUGAAAGAUACAUUGCAACUGCCUUUAUUAAGGCCGGAGCUAUUCGGCAAAGGUGUAAACAUUCGAGGUGGUGUUUUAUUGUAUGGACCCCCAGGAACAGGAAAAACAUUACUGGCUAAAGCUGUAGCCACGGAGCUCUCUUUAAGUUUUUUGAGUGUAAAGGGGCCUGAACUUCUGAAUAUGUACGUCGGUGAAUCAGAAGCCAACAUGCGUGAAAUCUUUACAAAAGCCAAAAAUGCGGCACCUUGUAUAAUUUUUUUUGACGAACUGGAUUCAGUCGCCCCGAAAAGAGGAAAUUCUAGCGAUAGUGGGAACGUCAUGGAUAGAAUUGUUAGUCAACUCCUAGCAGAACUUGAUUCAGUUCAUAAGUCGAACAAGUUUGUAUUUGCUAUCGGGGCCACCAACCGACCAGAUCUGCUCGAUCCUUCACUUCUUCGUCCAGGGCGGUUCGAUAAGAUGGUAUAUCUUGGAAUUAACUCUACUAUAAAUGCUCGUGAGAAAGUUCUUCAGACCAUCAGCAGAAAAUUCAAGUUAGAUAAAGACGUCAAUCUCUACGACAUUGCAAAACAAUGCACAAAUAAUUUUACGGGAGCUGACCUUUAUGCUCUGUGUGCAGAUGCUCUCUCCCUAGCUUUAAAACGAAAAACUGCAGAGGUAGAAGAGAAGGUUAAAAGCUCAAGUACGUAUGCUUCUGUUGAGGACUUCUUACAAUAUCAUGAUGGACAGGAUGUUCUUGACCUACGAAUCCAACACUUUGAUUUCGAAAUCGCGCUGCAAAAGCUAAACCCCAGCGUAUCAGAAUCAGAACUGGAACACUACGAUCGUUUGAAAGAACAGUUUCAAAAUGAUUACAAAGGAACUGGGUACAAGAUGAGUACAUAG